AUGAGUUAUAGCAGGGAUGUUCGAAUUCUCUAUGCAACAGUAAAAGGUGGGCAUGUUGAGAUAGCCAAGUUGCUUCUCGAAAAAGGUGCCGACGUCAAUGCGAGGAAUCGUUCUGGCCGAACAGCGCUCUACGUGGUAGCGGAACGCGGGCAUGACGACAUGGCCAAGUUGCUUCUCGAAAAAGGUGCCGACCCCAAUGCGAGGGAUUGUUUUGGCCGAACAGCGCUCCAGGCAGCGGCAACAGGCAGACACGCCGGCACGGUAGCGCUGCUUCAAAACAAACAAGGUAUCCGUGAUCACCGAAGUAUCCGUGACCACCAAAGUAUCCAUGACGACCGGCACAUUACAUAUUUCCUUUUUAAAACAAAACACGAUUAA